AAACACCAAUAACCUUUAACUCACAAUGAAUAAGGCAGUGCAAAGAAAUCGAAUUCGUUUAUACUAGAUCGUGAAACCAUAUUGUUUAUUGGACUUUCGUUACUUCGUAUCUCAUCGUCCUGUGCUAGGCGUUCGCGCGCUCUUUGAAUCUAAGGUGGGUGGCCGUUGGGAUUUGUUUUAAUCGACUGACAAACACUGGCUUUGCUAUACGACGGCAUCGAACCACAGCCACCACAAAAUUUUAGGUUCUUACACACUGUUUCAUGUUUAAUGUAGUCCCGUAUUACGGAGAAAUCCAGUGUUUUCGGUUAUAGAGAGCGUCACAACCUGUGGUUUUAUUGGUAGUGACACCUAUUCUGUGAAAUUUGCAAUCACUGCAUGUCCUUCCUAAAUUGUUUUGCUUAUGUCCAUAAAAAUGGUCAAGGGCUAUUUACUUUUCGUACCUACAUAUAGUCUCAAGCACGAUUUCAACAUUGUUAUGUGUCUUUCACUAUGCGACGGUAUUUCGAGAAAUGAUGGGUGUCACAGAAUCUCGGAUGUGCCCUGACGAUGAGUAUUGGCGUCACAAUCUAAACCUGGAUUGCGAUGUUUCAAAAACUGAUAUUGCGGUUGAGAAUUCGUUGCCCAGUAGUGUGCAUUCCAACGAUGAAUCACAAUCGGCAAAGAACGAUUUCGAAAUGAAUCCCAUUUCUUCAGAACACCAGUCUGAAAUGAAUGUGCCUGCUAAAGCAUAUGAAAAAUGUACAGAUUCGCCUGCGUUGAGUACUGCUUCAUUUUUAUUCUGUGAUGUCUGUCAAGUACGAUUAAUGUCGAUGAAAAAUAAAGAACAACACGAAAGUGGUAGAAUGCACAAAAAGCAAAUUGAGUUGAAGAUAAAAUUCAGUGGUCCAGCGGUUCAAAAUUCGUCGCCCAGUAGUAUACAUUCAAGCAAUGAAUCACAAUCGAAUUCAAUUGCCAGCAAAACUGUUGAUACUCAGCCCCAACCCACAGUGCGUGAUAGGGAUGAGGAAAUCAUACGUCUCCUACGACGUUUUUGCUUGGUCCAAACCUUAUCCCUUCUUCAGAAUAUGGGAGAAAGCUUACUUAUUAGUCCAAGAAAUUAUUUAUCUGAAAUAGAAUUGACAUCCGGAACUGAUAAACAGGACUUAAUCGAAAAGUUGAGAACUAUCUGCCGUGAUGAAUUACGUGAAAUUCUAUCAGAAGCUUUACCAAAUGCUUCUCACCAGUCCAGAAACGUCAACACGUAGUCUGGUAGUCAACUGCAGAAAAGUAAACCUCCUUCAAUUAUGUAAACAACAAUUUAACUCAUUCUGAUUUUCUUAUAUAUUUUAAAAGAGUCAUGAUAAUUUUCGAUCUAUAACAUUUCACAAAUACCGAUAAAAAAUUUCUAGAUAUCAUUUCUGUUUUGU